AUGGCACCAUCUUCCAAGACUAAUGCAAACUCCACUUCACCCAAACCAAAGAAGCAGUUGAAGCUCUUUGCUUUUGAGAUGGGGUGUUCUGGACUCCAAGCACCUGGUCUUUGGAAGCACCCAAAGGAUCAAUCACGCAACCACAACACGAUCGAGUACUGGACAAACUUGUCUCAAUUACUUGAACGUGGUAAGUUUAAUGGAUUAUUCAUUGCUGAUGUAUUGGGACCAUACGACGUGUACAAUGGGCCGCGAAACUUCACUGCUGCUGCAACAUCAGGCGCUCAGUUCCCCAACAUUGAGCCACUGGCGUUGAUCAGUGCUUGUGCUGCCGUCACUUCGAAAUUGGCUUUUGGAAUCACGUUUUCUACAAUUAGUGAAGCACCAUACCAUUUUGCUAGGCGUUUGGCAACAUUGGAUUGGUUGACUAGGGGAAGAAUUGGAUGGAAUGUGGUGAGCUCAUAUUUGGACUCGGCUGCACGAAACUUGUUGAAUGGGGAGGAUUUGCCACCGCAUGCGGAAAGAUACCAACGUGCCGAAGAGUACAUUGAUGUCAUUUACAAAUUGUUUUUGAGUUCGUGGGCUGAUGAUGCGGUGGAGCUUAAGGAUGGGGUGUUUUCGAACCCUGACAAGAUUAGAGAGAUUAAUCACAAGGGUAAGUGGUUCGAAGUUCCAGGCCCAUUUAUUGCCGAACCCAACCCGUACCAAAGAUUGCCGGUGAUUAUCCAGGCUGGUACAUCGAGUGCUGGUAAGAAAUUUGCAGCUCAGCAUGCUGAAGUCGUGUUUGUCACCCAGUUUGCACCUGAGGCUCUUGCCAAACUGAUUACCGAGAUAAAGCGUCUUGCACUUGAGGAAUUUGGUCGCCCUGAAGGUUCAAUCAAGUUUUUGCAAUUGAUCACUCCUAUUAUUGGCGCUACUCAAGAAGAUGCAGAAGCCAAGUACAAAGAGUAUCAAAGCUACGGUGAUAUUGAAGGUGCGCAAGCAUUGUUCUCUGGCUGGACAGGUAUCGAUAUUAGCCAAUACCAGUAUGGGGAAGACAUCACUGCAGUCGGCACCAAUGCAGUUAAAUCAUUCCUUGAAUUGUGGAACAAGAAAGCUCCUGGUGAGCCGGAACACGUAAAGAAAACAAGAGAGCAUGUUGCCAAACAAAUUACCGUUGGUGGAUUGGGCCCUGUUUUUUACGGGACUGCUGAGCAAGUUGCUGAUGAAAUUGAGCGCUGGAUCGAAGUAUCCGAUGUUGAUGGGUUCAACAUAACUUACGCAGUGCAACCAACUACUUUUGAAGAAGUUGUGGAGUACUUGAUUCCAGAAUUACAAAAGCGUGGGUUGGUGUGGGAUGAUUAUCCAGAUAUUGGACGUCCAUUGACAUUUAGGGAACAAUUGUUUGGCAGUGAUCGCCAAGAUCCCGGGUUUUUGUUAGAACUGCAUCCAGCUUAUAAGUUGAGAUGGAGUGCAGGUGAAUCAAAAGAGGAGUUUGAAGGUAGGUUAAAUAAGAAGCGUGCAAAUGAGGAUAUCUGA